GUAAAUUAUUCCACCUCCUCCUCCCAACUCAAUUGCCUCAUGCUGCAAAGCCUCAUGCUUUGUCGGCCCCGGCCCGGCCCCCUAUGGCUCAUGGCUAACCUAACUGCCGGAGUCCUAGUAGUUUCUUCCUCUCUCUUCUAUCUCUCUCGUCACCAUGAUCGAUAAGCCAUCCUAGAUAGGUGGCUGCCAGCAGUGGCAGUGCUAUGCUAUAUAGCGCCCCCGGUGUGCUCGCCUCGGGAGCGCCUUGGAAGCAGCAGCAGAGAACAGAGCAGAGAUAUCGUUGCGUAGAGGGAGGACGAGUGCUCCUUCUCGUUCGUCUUUGGCCAAAGCAAACGACGACCAACCGCGCGCACAGCCGGCCGGCGCCCAGCUCGAUAAUUUGUGGCGGCGGCGGCGGCAGCAAGCAAAGCAAAGCAGCAGUCACAUACAGGCGGAAGCGAACCGGCCAAUGUAUUCUUCGUCGCCUGCUUGGGAGAAGAAGAAGCGCGUGAGCAGCCAAGAGCACAACAAGCCAGUCUUCUGCAACUGCAGAAGGUUUCACUACAAGCCGGUCAUCAGCAGGUCGACGCCGCACUGACGACGACGACGACGACGAUGGUGGCCUCCUGUUCCUAUUCUUCGUCUCGCGCCGCCGCUGCCCGCCACCUCGUGCGCCUCCUGCUCGUCGGGCUUCUUCUUGCCGCCGGCUGGGGCUGGGCCACCGCGGCGAAGAACGACACGCAGACGUUCCGGCCCGGCGACGAGCUCCGGCGGUACAGGAAGGUGCAGGCGCUGCUCAAGAGGCUCAACAAGCCGGCGCUCCGGACCAUCCAGAGCCCCGACGGCGACCUCAUCGACUGCGUGGCGGCGCACCUGCAGCCAGCCUUCGACCACCCAAGGCUGCGCGGGCAGAGGCCACUGGCGGACCCGCCGGCGAGGCCCAAGGGACUCCACCACCGCAGCCGCUUCCCCAGCAAUGACACCACCGCGGACGCCGGCGUCCAGCUGUGGGCGUCGUCCGGGGAGGCGUGCCCGGAGGGGUCCGUGCCCAUCAGGCGCGUCACGGAGAAGGACGUGCUCCGCGCCAGCUCCGUCAGGCGGUUCGGCAGGGCGCCCGCAGGCAGGGUGCGGCGCGACUCCGUCUCCGGCGGCCACGAGCACGCGGUGGGGUACGUGGCCGGCGACGAGUACUACGGCGCCAAGGCGAGCAUCAACGUGUGGGCGCCGCAGGUGAGCACGGCGUCGGAGUUCAGCCUGUCGCAGAUCUGGGUCAUCGCGGGGUCCUUCGGCAACGACCUCAACACCAUCGAGGCAGGGUGGCAGGUCAGCCCGCAGCUCUACGGGGACAACGCGCCAAGGUUCUUCACGUACUGGACGACGGACGCGUACCAGACCACGGGGUGCUACAACCUCCUCUGCUCCGGCUUCAUCCAGACCAACAGCCGCAUCGCCAUGGGCGCCGCCAUCUCGCCCACCUCCGCCUACAACGCCGGCCAGUUCGACAUCAGCCUGCUCGUCUGGAAGGACCCGAACCACGGCAACUGGUGGCUGGAGUUCGGCUCCGGCGAGCUGGUGGGGUACUGGCCGUCGCUGCUGUUCAGCCACCUGGCGUCGCACGCGAGCAUGGUGCAGUUCGGCGGCGAGGUGGUGAACACGCGCGCGUCGGGUUCCCACACGGCGACGCAGAUGGGCAGCGGCCACUUCGCCGGCGAAGGCUUCGGCAGGGCGUCCUACUUCCGCAACCUGGAGGUGGUGGACUGGGACAACAGCCUGCUGCCUCUCGCCGCCGGCUUCCACGUCACCGCCGACCACCCAAACUGCUACGACAUCCAGGGCGGCGUCAACGCCGUCUGGGGUAACUACUUCUACUACGGCGGCCCCGGCAGGAACGUCAGGUGCACCUAGCAGAAGGCUAGAGAGCUCGUCUCGUCUUCGUCACGUGAUGACGAUGCAGCCAUGCAGAGAGGAGGGCAUUGGCAGCAGGGGAGGAUAUCAGGAUACCAACAGACCCCUUUUUGCAUUGCUUCUUCUCAAGACAAGAAUCUACCAGUAUCUUUCUUGGUCUGAUUCUGGUCUUUUCUUUCUUGUUAUUAUUUUCUUUUUUUUUUCAAUCCUUUCCCACCAAAGGUUAAUUAAUUUCUCAAAAGGGAGAAUCAUGUAGUUUUCUUUUUUUAUUUUUCUAGUUUCUUGGUGGUCUGAAAAACAAAAGGGUCAAGAGUUCAGUGUCGUCAGUUAAACGUAGUCCAGUUCAUCAGGUAGCGAUGAUCGAUGGAGUUGUAAUGUAAAAGCCCCCUGAACAAUGUAGCCAUGCAAGCUAGCAGUAUAUACAUGCAUUUCUUUACUCCUUUCCAGUUUUA